CUUCUUCUUCUCCCUCUCUCGUCCUCUUCUUCUUCCUUGUGCCAUGGCCACAACAAUCUCUCCAGGAGGAGCUUACAUCGGAACUCCCACUCCCUUCCUCGGAAAGAAACUCAAACCAUUCUCCCUAACCCAAACCAUCUCCACCUCCAAACCAACGGUCAACAAACUCCCUCGCGCUCACCUGAUCGACGCCGUUCACAACCUCUUCCUCGGAGUCGGAGUCGGGCUCCCAUGCACCGUCAUGGAGUGCGGCGACAUGAUCUACCGCAGCACCUUACCCAAAUCCAACGGCUUAACGAUCACCGCGCCUGGAGUGGCCUUAGCCCUCACCGCUCUCUCCUAUCUCUGGGCCACACCUGGCGUCGCUCCUGGGUUCUUCGACAUGUUCGUUCUCGCCUUCGCUGAGAGACUGUUCAGGCCCACUUUCAGAAAGGAUGAUUUCGUGUUGGGGAAGAAACUUGGUGAGGGUUCGUUUGGUGUUGUUUAUAGAGCUUCGCUGUCCAAGAAACGUGCUAAUGACGAUGGUGAGUAUGUGGUGAAGAAGGCGACUGAGUACGGUGCGGUGGAGAUUUGGAUGAACGAGAGGGUUCGUAGAGCUUGUGGGAGCAGUUGUGCUGACUUUGUUUACGGUUUUCUCGAGAAGUCUUCAAAGAAAGGACCUGAGUAUUGGCUGUUAUGGAAGUAUGAAGGAGAAUCUACACUUGCUGGUUUGCUGCAGAGUAAAGACUUCCCUUAUAAUGUGGAAACUAUCAUCCUUGGGAAAGUUCAGAAUUUGCCUAAAGGGCUGGAAAGAGAGAACAUAAUUAUUCAGACUAUCAUGAGGCAGCUCUUGUUUGCGUUGGAUGGUCUCCACUCAACCGGGAUUGUUCAUAGGGAUGUUAAGCCUCAGAACAUUAUCUUCUCGGAAGGCUCUCGUGCGUUCAAGAUUAUCGAUCUUGGAGCUGCUGCUGAUUUGAGAGUGGGUAUUAACUACAUUCCAAAAGAAUUUCUCCUGGAUCCAAGGUAUGCAGCACCUGAGCAAUACAUCAUGAGCACCCAAACUCCAUCUGCACCUUCAGCACCUGUUGCAGCUGCACUUUCCCCUGUUCUGUGGCAGAUGAAUUUGCCUGAUAGGUUUGAUAUCUAUAGCAUCGGCCUCAUCUUCCUUCAAAUGGCAUUCCCAUCCUUACGGUCUGACAGCAACCUCAUUCAGUUCAACCGCCAGCUGAAAAGAUGCGACUACGACCUAACCGCGUGGAGAAAACUAGUGGAGCCUCGUGCAGGCCCUGAUCUCCGUAAAGGGUUUGAGCUACUAGACCUAGACGGAGGGAUCGGAUGGGAGCUUCUUACAUCGAUGGUCCGGUUCAAAGCAAGACAAAGAAUCAGCGCAAAAGCAGCGCUCGCUCACCCGUAUUUCGAUAGACAAGGGUUGCUUGCGCUGUCCGUCAUGCAAAACGUGAGGAUGCAGUACUUCAGGGCUACGCAACAAGACUACAGCGACGCUGCAAACUGGGUGAUUCAGUUGAUGGCAAGGUCCGGGACGGAAAAAGAUGGAGGGUUCACGGAAACGCAGCUUCAGGAACUUAGGGAGAAAGAGCCUCGAAAGAAAGCGAGUGCGCAGAGAAACGCUCUCGCAUCAGCGCUUAGGCUUAAGAGGAAGCUUGUGAAAACAGUUGCGGAGACUAUUGAUGAGAUUGCCGAUGGCCGCAAGACCGUGUGGUGGAACAGGUGGAUCCCCAGAGAGGAGUGAGGACUUGCGGUAUCAUCUAUCAGUGUUUCAUUUUCAUCCCAAUAGUGUAAAUCUCAAUGUAUAUCUUAUUAGCCUUUAGUAAAUUAUCACUACUACUUGUAAAGCAAGUAACCGUAAAUAAAAACAUUGUACCUAAAUCCACACACAUGCAGUAGACUCUGACUGUUUCUGAA